AUGAGGGCUCUGGUCCUGCUCUGCUGCUUCGUGGCGUCGCUCCUGCUCCCAGGACAAGCAGAACUGCAAGCUUCCGCUUCGGGUGGCACAGAAGAUGUUGGCAAUUUGUUGGAGAAUCAUUUCCCUGCUGGAGACGCAAGUCUAGAGGAGAAGGAAAGGGCGCUUUAUGCAGAGGCGGCCUCUCAAGAGAAGAACCUGCUCCUUCACUCCCCAGAUGGCAGGGAGGCUGGGAGCUCGGAGAAGACCACCACUGGGGCCUCUGCCGCCACCACCCCCGGCCCGGGCUCUGAUCCCGAAGCCAGCCUCUCCAAUGCCUCAGCCUCAGAGUCGGCUCCCCCUGGGGACCCUGUGGGGCCUGGGGAGGAAGAAGUGGGCCCACCAGGAGCGAGCGCCCUUCCUCCAGAAGGGGACAGGGGCCCUGAAGAAGAGGGGAGGCCAGACCUCAGUGCGGGAGAGGGCCCAGCAGAAGAGGGGGCUGGGCUUGGGGUCCCCACAGAGGAAGCUGCCAGCGGGGAGAUGGAAGGACAGGCUGGGAGUGGCAUGGUCCCAGAGGAAGCUGAGGAGGUCCUAGGGGACAACUCUGAGCAGGAAAUAGCAGUGGGGGCUGCAGAGCCUGAAGACGCAGGGGCCUCUCCUACUGUGGAGGAGGUCGAGGAGACAGAAGGUGAGGGGAGCCCAGGGCCUGAUCAGGGCCCAGAAGGGCCAGAUGGAGUUGCGGAUGUGGACAUAGAAGCCAUGGAGGGGCCUGAGGACCAGGGGGAGCCUGGCCCCAACCCAGCUGUGGAGACCGGGGGCGCACAGAGCUCUGAGGCGGGGGACGCCCAGGAAGACAGCCCCCCAGAGGGCCAGGUGCCAGAAUUGUCCCAGGAAGAUGAGGACGCAGCCUCCUCUGAAGAAGAGGGUGGCGACCACAGUGGAAGCGAGGAAGAAGGAGGGGUUCCAUCCCAAGAAGAAUCCGAAGAGGACAGCGGCGAUGGGGCUAGUUCAGAAGAAGCAGGGGGUGACUCUGAGGAAGCCAGAGAACCCCAGGAAGCAGCAGAAACCCCAAGCCUUGGGGACGAGGGGGCCGAGCUGAGCCCCGAGGAAUCGAAUACAGGUCCCGAGGGGGAUAAAGCCCAGGAUGCAGCAGCAGAGGAGCCAGAGGAGGGGCCUCAGGAAGAGGCGGAGGAUGUGAGUGAAGAAGCCCCAUUGAGGGACCGCUCCCACAUCGAGAAAACUCUGAUGCUGAAUGAGGAGAAGCCUAUUGAUGAUUACCCGGUCGUGCUGCAGCGACUUCGAAAGAUCUACCACUCGUCCAUCAAGCCCCUGGAGCAGUCUUACAAAUACAACGAGCUUCGGCAGCAUGAGAUCACAGAUGGGGAAAUUACUUCCAAGCCAAUGGUGCUGUUCCUGGGGCCGUGGAGCGUUGGCAAAUCCACCAUGAUAAACUACCUCCUUGGGUUGGAAAACACUCGCUACCAGCUCUACACAGGUGCCGAGCCUACCACCUCCGAGUUCACAGUCCUCAUGCACGGGCCCAAGCUGAAAACCAUCGAGGGUAUUGUCAUGGCUGCUGACAGCGCCCGGUCCUUCUCACCCCUCGAGAAGUUUGGCCAGAAUUUCUUGGAGAAGCUGAUUGGCAUCGAGGUUCCCCACAAACUUCUGGAGCGGGUCACUUUUGUGGAUACACCAGGCAUCAUCGAGAACCGCAAGCAGCAAGAAAGAGGUUACCCAUUCAAUGAUGUGUGCCAGUGGUUCAUUGACAGAGCCGAUCUCAUCUUUGUUGUCUUUGACCCCACCAAGCUGGAUGUGGGUCUGGAGCUGGAGAUGCUCUUCCGCCAGCUGAAGGGGCGUGAAUCCCAGAUAAGGAUCAUCCUGAACAAGGCCGACAACCUGGCCACACAGAUGCUCAUGCGGGUCUAUGGGGCCCUCUUCUGGAGCUUGGCCCCGCUCAUCAACGUCACAGAGCCCCCAAGGGUUUAUGUCAGCUCCUUCUGGCCAUACGAGUACAAGCCCGAUACACACCAGGACCUGUUCCUCAAGGAAGAGAUCUCCCUCCUGGAAGACCUGAACCAGGUGAUCGAGAACAGGUUGGAGAACAAGAUCGCCUUCAUCCGCCAGCAUGCCAUCCGGGUUCGCAUUCAUGCCCUCUUGGUCGACCGCUAUCUGCAGACUUACAAGGAGAAAAUGACCUUCUUCAGUGACGGAGAACUGGUCUUCAAGGACAUUGUAGAAGAUCCUGAUAAAUUCUACAUCUUCAAGACCAUCUUGGCAAAGACCAACGUCAGCAAAUUUGACCUUCCCAACCGUGAGGCCUAUAAGGACUUCUUUGGCAUCAACCCUAUUUCCAGUUUCAAGCUACUGUCCCAGCAAUGCUCCUACAUGGGAGGUUGCUUUCUGGAGAAGAUUGAGCGGGCCAUCACCCAGGAGCUCCCUGGCCUCCUGGGAAGCCUUGGGCUGGGGAAGAAUCCAGGUGCUCUCAACUGUGACAAAACAGGGUGUGGCGAAACCCCGAAGAAUCGCUAUAGGAAGCCCUAGGUUGCUGUGUCGCCAUCCUUGGGUUCCUACUGGUGAAUGAGCUUGUAUCCUAACUGUCUGAGAUGUCCUGGUUUAUUAACCCUUUGAGCCACACUGGCAGGAAUCCUUAUGAAUUGGAGAUUUGGGAAUCAA